AUGCAGCCGGCCGCCCCCGAGCUCCCGCCGCCGGGGACGCGGGCGGGGUGGCGGGGCGACCGCGGGCGGGGAGCGAAGGCGGCCCGGCGCCGCGAGCCGCGCGCGCCCUCCGCGUCCCGGUCCUCACCUCCGCCCCCGCCGCGCGCCGCCGCCGCCGCCCCCGGCCAGCACCCUCGGGCCGGCGGCUCCCUCGGCGGCGCGGCGCCGGCCGGAGCGCACCCGCGCCGGGGAGGGGCGGGCCGGGGGGGCGGGCCGACUCGCCCGCGCGCCUCCCUCCCCGCGGCCCGCGCGGCGGCGGAGCCCGGAGACGCUCGCCAGACGCGCUUCAUCACUCGCGGCUCGGGCGCCGCGCUCCUCCCGCCGCCCCGCGCCCCGCUCCCACCCCGGCACCCGGGGCCCGCCGCGCUCUCCCCGAGCGCGGGGUUCUACCCCCGGCUCUGGCUCUCCACGCCCCGGGCUGGACCCCGGGGACCCCGCGGCGGAGGUGGGGGGGGGAGGGGCGAUUUGAUUCCUGCCGCACACGCUCGCGUGCCCGGUCUGCGCCCCGUUAGGAAGUAUAAAAUCGACGCCGAGCCCUUGCCGUUGCACACAAAGAGACCGAUCGUGCGCAUGUGUCUACUCCCUCGGCUGCUGGGGAGACUGGAGCGAUCAGGCGAGGCGCCGGCCGCCGACGUCCUCUCCCGAAGAGGCGGCUGGCCCUGGACUGGACUGAUGUGUGCCCGCGUUUUCCUGAACCGUGGCUAA